CACAAAUACUAACUAGCUGUGUCGGUUAUACCUGCAGCCAUAACAAGCAAAAUCUGCUGUGGUGAUUUACCCAGGGGUGGGACACGACCAACCACAGCCACGCGCGAAACCUGCCCAACACAUCAGCUUGAACCUGACCCAAGGAACAGAACCAAGAUCACAAUGCCUUCAGUACAGUUAUUUAGGCAGGCCGGCAUACAACCAUUUGGAGGAUUGCGGCCCACCCAAGUUGUCCCAUCCCGCUGGCGUACUUGUCGACAAAUUUCCGCCCAUGCGCAUUCCAUGUUAGCUGAAUGUGAACUUCAACGUAGCAACAUCAGCCGUAAUCUCCGCGCGCAUGCACCAUCAGUGGCGCAAGGGCCUUAUGCAACAUUUCAGAUGCCCCCAGCAGGGCAGCUUCUGCCCAAAGGAUUGGCGGUGGCGUCGGUUGCUGCACUGGCAGCCUCCCUCAUACUAGGUCUGCCAGCGGAGGCAGCAGCUCCCGCCGCCGAUACAGCUGCGUUGUCUAUUCCUGGUAUCGUGGGGGACUCGCCUCUCCGUGAGGGUUUUGUAUCUGGCUUCCUGCUCAUUUUCUUUUCCGAAAUUGGCGACAAGACCUUCUUCAUAGCGCUGCUGCUGGCGUUGAGGCAGCCCAAGGGGCUGGUCUUUACGGGCACGUUUGGUGCAUUGGCGGUCAUGACGGUGAUUUCAGUGUUGCUGGGGCAGGUGCUCCACCAGGUGGACGAGCUGGUUCCGGAGAGCGCCGGCAAGCUGCCGUACGACGACCUGCUGGCGGUGGCGCUGCUGCUGUACUUUGGCAUCAAGACACUCCAGGACGCCAAGGACGCUGAUGAGAGCGCUGCUGAAGAGAAGGAGGAGGCCAAGGAGGUGGUGGAGGGCCUCAAAAACGGUGACGACGCGUUGCGGCUCCUGCUGUCGACCUUUGCGCUUGUCUUUGCGGCGGAGUGGGGCGAUAAGUCAUUCCUAGCCACCAUUGCGCUUGCUGCCGCGUCCUCGCCGCUGGGUGUCACGGCGGGUGCUGUCGCGGGACAUGGCGUCGCGACUAGCCUUGCAGUGGCGGGCGGGGGCUUCCUUUCGCAGUACUUUAGUGAGAAGGUGCUGCAGUACAUUGGAGGUUCGUUGUUCCUGGUCUUUGCUGGGGCAACCGUGGUAGACAUAUGCGUGAAGUGAGGGGGUAGCUAGGAAACCGGCCGUGAUGGACAGGACGGGAUGAAGGGCGUGUGCGCCUUUGAGAAGAUACAUGAAAGGGGGGGUUUAAAUGCAGCGAUUAGUUUGGACCUGUACGGGUAUGCGGCAGUGCGAUGUACAGCGGGC